ACAGACACUACAUGCCAUGAUAAAUACAACCGGCACUCAGAUUUUAUAAAACCGUCACUGCCACGUUCAUCGCCUCUCAUUCCUCAAUAAUUACCACCACUAAUUAUAGGAACAAAAAUAAAACGCACGCCACUCGCUGAUUUCUCCUGUUGCCAACACAAAACUGCGCCGUAUAAUCACCAAAAAUCUCACGGUAACGUAUUAUAAGUGGAGCUAAAUUGAAGGAAUCUUUGUUUUUGCCGCCAAAUUUGGCAGUUAAUGGCGGAUUUGGAGCUAUUCCUUUUGAAUUUUCUCUUAAAUUGGUGAACGUGUCGGUGGUUGUUUUUGAGAUGGUUACGUUAGAAGGAGCUAGCAGGGCUUUGAUUUCUAGUAACUCGCCGGAAUUUAAAUCCGGCCAAUCCCGGUCAGCUUCGAAGUUAGGGUUCUUGAGAUUUUCAAUCGGUGACAAUGCCGUGAGUAGUUUGAGGCUGAGAUCUUCUCAGCUAGUUGUUAAGGCAAUGGAAGAGGAAUCCGCCGUAGGUUCUUUGACCAAGAAUCGCUCUGUUAAUUCCUCAGGGAAAGCUAUGCAAAUGAUGCCUUGCAAUGGAAAGUCAACAAAUAUUUUGUGGCAUAAAUGCACAGUUGAUAAAAGUGAUAGGCAGGAGUUGCUUCAGCAGAAAGGUUGUGUUAUAUGGAUUACUGGUCUCAGCGGCUCAGGCAAAAGUACCUUGGCAUGUGCUCUGAGUCAAGGCUUGCACUCAAGAGGAAAGUUGACCUACGUCCUUGAUGGUGACAAUGUCCGACAUGGUCUCAACCGUGACCUUUGUUUUAAAGCAGAAGAUCGGAUUGAAAACAUUCGGAGGGUUGGAGAGGUAGCAAAGCUUUUUGCAGAUGCCGGGGUAAUUUGCAUUGCUUGUUUAAUAUCUCCUUACCGAAAAGACCGAGAUGCUUGUCGUGAAUUAUUACCUGAUGGAGAUUUCAUUGAGGUGUUCAUGGAUGUGCCACUCAGGGUGUGUGAGGCAAGGGACCCGAAGGGUCUGUACAAACUUGCUCGCGCUGGAAAGAUCAAAGGAUUUACUGGGAUUGAUGAUCCAUAUGAGCCACCACUAAAUUGUGAGAUCGUACUAAAACAAGAUGGAGACAAUUGUGCUUCUCCGUGUAAUAUGGCUGAAACUGUUAUAAGUUACUUGGAAGAGAAAGGUUACUUGCUGGCUUAAUAUGCAAAAACUAUAUUAACAAAAGAAGCAAAAAAAAAAAAAGACGAGCUUUAUUUAUCGAUAAAGCUUUCGGUGCCUGGUUGCUGAAACUUAUAUUUAAUGCAACACAAAAAGCUGCAACUUUGAAAAUAAACUUGUUACUCUGCAGCAAAGGAAACUGCUUGUGUCCUGUGUGAAAGGAAAUUUCUCGUUUCCGGUUAGUAAUUAUGUGUCAUUUUUAAAAUAGUUUGGAGUUGGUGUAUAGCUUGUAUGUUGUAGCAAAAUAUUGUCCAUAUUGGAAUAAAGAAUCUGAAGCAAAUUCUAGGUCCUCUUAGUUUGCUUAGAAAGUCUCUCUCUCUAAGUUGUAUUUUGUACAGAGAGAAAUGUUGUUAAGUACCAUUGUUAAUGUGUUAGUCAAAUUAUAGUUGUGCAUAUUUGUAAUUUAAUCCAUGAUUUGUGCAUAUUUAUAAUAUUUUUUUGAAACAUUAAA